UAUAUAAUGAGUAAUUAAUCCUAAAAUUAAAAUUUUUAUGUUGUUCCUAUUCCAUAGAAUAUAACAGUUUUGCAAAGUUUUAAGAAGUGGAGAAGGACAGGAGAAAAUUUGAAUGGUGCAAUUAUGAUUGGAGUCUUGGAGAAUUUUCUUUUAAAUGGGUAACUGGAAAAAAUAUAAUCAAUAUUAAAUAAUUUGAAAAGCGUUUCAGAUGAUCAAAUCAAAAAAAUAAAAGAUUGUAUUGAAAAAUCUUUAUAGUUUCCAAAGGGAGAUUAAAAAUUAGAUUACAUAAUGGAUUAUCUAAAAUCAUCUGAUCCUCAUAAUAUUUUUGCUGAGAAAUUGAUCUUAGAAUAUGUUAAAAGAGUAAAAGGGAAUUUAAAAUCAGAUGAUGAAUUGAUAAAAAUAUCAAAAAAUCUUUUUUCUGUAUAAAUAUCUGUAAUUAGAGAUGAUGAUUAAAAUAAUUUUAAUAUUAUAUUAGAUCCUAAAGACAAAGAUCUAAUUAUUUUAUACAAUUUUAAUUCNUUUAUUUUGGUAUCAUUUCAUUAUAGACUAGGGCUUUUGAUAACCUAAGUAUAUUAUCAUAAAUUUAAAUUAUUUAAUCGAACCCAAAAGUAUUAGGUAAAAUUGCUAUGUCUUUUUGGGCAGUCGGAAUAAUUACUAAUUUAACAGAGACUUUUAGAGAUCUUAUUGGAAAUCUAUUAUACUUGAGAAAA